AUGCCAGCCUCGAAUGUCCAAGCUUCUCACUCAAACCUCCGAAAUUCACGCGAGAAGAUGCCAGCGGGAUUCAAAACAAAAGUGACACCCCGACAUCCCAAACUGGUGAAACGGGAGGCAAAUGUUUCAAAGCUGAUUCCAUCUGUAUAUGCUCAAGAAAUGAGCCAAACCACAGAAGAGCGAUUAUCAAACACAUCCGAGAUGCGUCCGCCUCGAAUCUUGGCGCUCUUAGACAUGAGCGAGACCACACAUCACAAGUUUUCCUCAUUAGAUUUGGACCAGGCCAUGUUUCAGCCGUACCCGUCUGAGAUUGUGUUCCAGAACUACUCACCAUUUCAGACAUACAAGGUGCCCUUAGAGCUGCGGAAUGGUGACAAGGUUCCUCGACUGGUAAAGGUGACUGUAGAAGACUCACUGUACUUUAAAGUGGUGAGCCCAAUAGAUGUUAGUAAGAAAGUGGCUCCAGGCAUGGCAUCUACAUUCACCAUUCUCUUCACUCCACAAGAGAGCAAGGAUUAUAUCCACAGUGUCAUCUGUAUUACUGAACGUGAGAAGUUUGAGGUGCCCAUUCGUGCGAUAGGACCCCGUGCCAUCUUGGACUUUCCUGACAGUCUCAAUUUCUUAGUGUGUCCAGUCAAGUGCUUAUCCCAGAGAACUCUGCUUGUGCGGAACAUAGGAAAUUGUGAGGCUAAAUUCAGGCUCAGCACAUGCAGGCCAUUUUCUGUAGAGCCAUCUGUAGGGACGCUUGAUGUUGGUCAAUGCAGGCAAGUUACUGUUGGGUUCAUGCCUAAAACCACAGGGGAUCACAGUCAGGUUUUGCUGCUGCACUACCAUUCAGGAGAAGACAUUGAAAUCAGCCUCUAUGGAGAGUCCACAGAUAUAAACAUUGCAUUGGACAGAAACAGUGUGGUGAUGGAAAAAACCUACAUCUCUUUGGCUAGCUCUCAGAAAGUGGCAAUAACCAACAAGAGUGAUUCCAUUGUGCAUUACCAGUGGAAGACCUUCGCCACUGAGGGUGAAGAAGAACGGGACAAAUUAAGGCUUUCCUCAGAGCUCAAUCAAGUGGAGGAUAAAGAGGUGGAGCAGUUUCUGACAGAAAACACUGAUGCUUCUUUGCAAGCUCGUCUUUCGCUGUUUUCACACACCCUCCAGGAAGGUCUCAUGCAAACCCAGCAGCAGCUUUUGUCUUUGGACGACCAGGACAUCAUCAUGAGACCCCCGAAAGGAGAAAUCUGGCCCAACAGCACUGCAGAGGUGAACAUCAUCUUCAAACCACAGGAAGCCAGAAUCUACCAGCAGACUGUUUACUGCGAAAUUUCUGGUCGUGAAUCUCGGCUACCACUCUGCAUACAGGGUGAAGGUUUAGGCCCAAAACUGCGGUUCAACUUUGACUUUCUAGACAUGGGAAACAUCGUCAUCGGCUCCCAACAGAGUUAUAAGCUGUUUUUGAGCAACAAGGGACUGAUAAAUGGUGAGUACAAACUAGUGCAGCCCAGUACAGUGCUGGGCCUUUGCUUUUCCUUCAAGCCCUCUGAAGGUAUGAUUCCACCUGGAGCCUGUCAAACAAUGGAAGUCCGCUUCUCUUCUGAUAAACUGGGAGUCUUCACUGAGGAGUUACUUUUCAGUGUGGUGGGAAACCCCAAGCCUGUUACUGUCACAUUCAGGGGUUGUUUAAUAGGGCCUACAUUCCACUUCAGUGUCCCAGAACUCAACUUUGGGGAGGUGUCCUUUGGGUUUCCACAAAUGCUGACAUGCAGCCUUAGCAACACCUCAGUGGUGCCCAUGAGCUUUGGACUGCGGAUCCCUGGAGAUGGUACAGGACAGGCGAGCAUUACCAGCACAGACCAGGUAGCUCAGCCCAACCGAAGUGAAUGGGGAAUGGGAGACCAAACCGAAAGGAGACCAAAAGAGUUUAUCUUAUCACCCUGCACAGGCACAGUUCGUGCUAUGGCUGAGAUUGAUAUCCAGUUAACCUUUUGCUCUAACACUGUGCAAGACUAUAAUUUGGCUUUAGUGCUGGAUGUUCAGGGUGUUGGAGAGGAGGUUUUGGCAAUUCCAAUCAAAGCUAGAUGUGUUGUUCCUGAUGUGGUCCUCAACAACCCAGUCCUUCAGUUCCAGCAUUGUUUUCUGGGUCAUCCAUAUGAACAAUCAGUUGAGCUCGUGAAUGAUACUGACCUCCCUGCAUGCUAUGGUCUUUUGCCUCAGCAGUAUGAGGAAGACCCUGCUGUCCUUUAUUCUAGUCCUCACGCACGAGGAAUCAUCCAGCCGUACAGCACAGAACUAAUUCCAGUAGUGUUUCAGGCCAAGAAAGGGGACAACCUGCAGCAAACAGCUUACAUCGCUGUACUAGGCCGAAAAGACCCACCGUUGGAGCUGCUCCUGUCCUGUGUUGGCCAGGGACCUUCUGUCUCUGUCUCUGCUGCCAAACUGAACUUUGGCUGUAUUCCUGUGCUGACUGAUGUCACAAGAACUCUGCAGCUGUCAAACGAGUCCCCGAUUGCAGCCAGAUUCUGUGCUCAAAUGUUGAGGAACAAGUCUCACUGGCGUGUGGAACCCAGUGAAGGGGAAAUUCCUCCAGAGGAGAGUUUGGAAUUAAAGUUGAUAGUCAAUCUGAAUGACACAGUGCCCUUCCAGGACGAACUGUUACUGGAAAUCCAGGACAGCCAAAUUUUUAACAUUCCUUUGACAGCCAAAGGAAAGGGCACUACCAUAGUCACUGACCGGCCAUUUGCUCCCAGCUUGAAUUUGGGAACCCACUUCAGUUCUGGCCCAUGUCAAUAUGCCUUCAGAAUCACUAACCGAGGCCGUCGCACUCACCAACUAUUAUGGACCACAGAGGGGUUUCCACAGUUUCCUAAUAGAGACCAUCUGUCACCAAACAAGCCUAGGAACAAGAAAAGCAAGAGUCUACAAACCUCACCUCAAGAAGGCCCAGUCUUCAGUUUAUCCCCUGCACGUUUAUUACUUCCUCCGGGACAUUCAGCUGAUAUGCUGCUAGAAGGUUCCUCUGACGUCCCCAAGGUGGUUACAGAGAAGCUUGUAUGCUAUGCUGUUAUCGGGCGGCAAUAUGUGAGGGAGUGCAUCAUCACUGCAGACGUCACAUGUCAGUUUGUCUCCCCAGCAGUUGACAUCUCCUCCCAGCAACUCAACUUCUAUGUAGAAAAGGCUCCAGAUGCAUCUCUGGUUCCACUUUAUAAGAGGCUUGUUCUGAAGAGUUUGUCCUCCUUGAACCUCUCUAUGGAACUGCUCGUGCACGAGCCCUUUGGAUUGUGUGAUUAUGAUGGGGAUGAUCUGUCUACAACCUCAAAGAGUCUGGUGUUGGCUGUUGGAGCUCAGCAGGAGUUAUGGGUGCGUUUCAACCCCAUGUAUCAACAGGACCGCUACAGCCGUGUGGUUGAAGAAGUGCUGGAGUUCUGCUACCAUGGCCAUCCUCAGCAGGACAGGGUGUUGCUGAAGGGUGAGGUCCAGUUCCCAAAUCUCAAGUUCUCCAGCACUACACUGGAUUUCGGCUGCAUUCUCAACAACACAAAAUCACGACGCAAGCUCACCAUGACCAACUGCAGCCCACUCUGCGUUUCAUACCGUUGGGCCUUCCUGGUGGACCAAGAACAGUGCCAUAUUGGGUUUUUUGAUGAGACGAGCCGAGGGAUUGACGGAGAUGCUGGGGGGAAAAGAAAGGAGAGCGGGGAGGCGCAGUGGGAGCUGUUAGAGCAGAAAGAAGCUGACGGCACGACGGACCCAAACAGGGAGACUGACGUAAUCAUACCUCAAUUGGAAGAGGAAGAAUUGCAUCAUGGUAGCUCCAAUGGAAAGGAGCAAAAUAGGACCUGCUCAACACGAAGGAGCGCAGAGCUGGGAAGCAAACCCAUCAAUCUCACAGCCAACGGGCAUCCGAGUGUGGGUGUGAAAGAGGUGUUUGAUAUCUCAUCACUUUAUGGGGAAUUACAACCUGGUGACAGCAAGCUGGUGACCUUCUCAUUUCUUGGUCAUGCUGACAUCAACACUCAUGUGUUGGCAUUGUGUGAUGUGGAAGGAGGGCCCACCUAUGAGAUAACUCUCAAGGGUCAGGCUUCUUUUGUUUCAUAUACACUGGACACAAAUGACAUUGACUUUGGUUUGCAGUUGUUUGACCACGUGGCUGAAGCAGAGGUUACUCUGAAGAACACAGGAAAAGUUGGAUUUGAUUUUUCUACCCUUAAUGGUGAACAAGGACCUUUUGUGGAGGAACCCUUACCUGGUCAGCCUCUCAUCAUCCCAAGCAAGGGUCAUCUGGAGCCCUAUGCAGAAAUAAAGCUCAGUGUUUACUACCUUCCUGGGAUCCCAGAAGUUUUUCACAAGACCUUUCAGUUGCAAGUGGCCUUCUAUGAGACUGAGAGCAUUACUGUUAGAGGAGAGGGAGUUUUCCCACGACUGUGUCUGGACCUGCCUAGAGACCUAAAUGAGGAGAUUUAUGGUUCAUUGCUAAAGGAAGCAAAAGACUCGAUAGAGAAUGAAAAAUCAAGCGAGGGCCUGUUAAAGGAUGAGAUGUCACCUGAAGAUGACUACAUUCCUACAUAUGACGCCCUACUGCAGAUGGAGUUAGAACGGCUCAUUGUAAAGGAAAAUGCCACAGCUGUACAGAAACAACACCAAACCACUGAUCCAAGAGGAAGUGGGUCCAGUAGCAACUGGCUGAAGAAGCUGUGCAAGUUGAGCUUGCCCGAGUACACACUGGACUUUGGGUUUGUGAUCAAUAGCAGCAUUGUGACCCAUAUUGUCAAAAUAACCAACACUUGCCCACUGGCUGUAUCUUUCAAAGCUGACAGGAGCUCACUGGCAGGCACAGGGUUUAGCACGGAAUUGGACAGGGUGCAGGGUUUGCCCUUCUGUGAGACGGAGACAUUUGAGGUGAAGUUUGACACCCGUGGGGCCAAUUUGGGAAAGAUCGAUGCCGUUAUGCCCAUACAGGUGACGAAGGGGCCGCAGGUGCAGGUGCGUUUAUGUGCAGAAGUCACCAUGCCCUCCCUUACAGUGUCAACAGACACACUGCAAUUCCACACCAUACAGUGUGGCCUGUGUGAGAUCAUAACCAUCCAGCUGUAUAAUGAUGGACCAGUGCCUUGUGAGUGGAGCAUCAGACCGGAGGAACGGCCAAAGAAGAUUGACAAGCACAUUCCACUGUACCUCAGACGACAGGCUCAGAUGAAGCAACGGCCUCCUCCAGUUGUGUUUGAGUUAUUGCCUUCAGAUGGCACACUCUAUCCUGGUGACAGAACCAACGUGCAGGUCAAAUUCAGCCCAGCAGAGGGGAAGGCGUACAGUCAGAGAAUAGUGAUAACAGUGGCGCAGAGCACUCAGCGGAUCCUGCUGUUGGCUCAAGGUCAGGGAGAAGAGCCUCAGCUUGAGUUUUCCUCUUCAGAAAUAAAUUUGGGCUCUAUCCUGCCCUACAGUGAAGGGAAAGUGGCUGAAGUGAUCAUCCGCAACCUUAGCCCCUUUCCCACUGAGUUCUACUCUCUCGACUUCGACAAACAAUAUUUACAAGAGGAAGAGAUAUUGCGGAUGCUAAAAGGAUAUGAUGCACAGAAUGUGUUGCUUCUUCCUCCUCGUGUUGCUGGCGAGCCUCUCCCUCCUGAGGUGCUGGACUACUAUAAAGAGCACAGCUCACAGGAACCAAAGCAGGAAUCCACUGAAGGUCUUGCAGAAGGAGACAAGGGGGAAACAGCUGCACAGUCUGAGGGUGAAGUACCCAGUGUUAAAGGCUUACCUAAGGGCAACAGCAGUGUUGUCACUGCAGUGGGGGAUCUGGAAUACGACCCUGUAUCUACAGCUGUCGCACGUUACAUGGGCAUCGAUCUUUCACCAGAAGGUAAAGCUGCACUAAACCGCCAGGGCAUUGCCAUCAUUGUGCACGGCGCUCCUUUAUCAGGUAAAACGAGGACAUCAGUUACUCUGGCGAAGCACUAUGGGGCAGCAUGUCUCAGUGUGGAUGAGGUGGUGCAGGAGGCUUUGUCAUCAGGGAACAGCUCUGCAGCCUGGAGGGCAAGAGAACUGUGUGCCAAGGCUGCAGUGGUGUUUGCUCAAAGUGAAGAGCAGGAGGCAAUGGUGGAUAUUACUGCCACUUCUUCUCAGGCUGCUGGCAUCCUCAGUAUGGAGGCGGUUGCCAAACACACAGCAGAGGGCAGCCAGAUCAGUGAUCUAAAAGUUCCCCCGUCAUCGGCCUCAACCCGAAAUAAAACAAAUAUCACAGGACGUUCACAGAAGAAUGACAGCUCCAAUCCGGCUGCUUCAGUGACAGAUGGUCAGGUUCACAGGCAUGUGAUUGCGAGUGCCAGUCAGAAUGAAGAGCUGUUUAACUGCCUGCUGCCUGAUGAUGUGCUGGUAGAGAUCCUGUCAGAGAGACUGCAGCUUAGCGACUGUCACCGUGGUGUUGUGAUUGACGGACUGGAGACCCAGUAUUGCUGCUCACUGAGUAACACGCUUCAGGUCGUCCUGAAAGCGUUCAACAACCGUCGCCAUAUUUAUGUUCUCAACCUCUUUAACAGCUAUAGUGUCUUCAAGCUCAGAGAAAAGCACAAACUUGACCAAGAACAAGAAGCGAGAAUCCAGUGGGAGCUGGAGAAUUUAAGAGAAGAGGAAAUGACACCCAGUGAAGAUUGGGAUACCACCCCACGACCAGAAGAGCCUGUGCACCUCUCUGAGGAUGUAAAACAAGAGCUGUCCAUUGAGAGUGACAGACAGCUGUAUGUGCGAUUCCAUCAAUACGAAGAGAGCCAAGCAGAAAUACAGCACAUUCUUCAGUUCUGGGACCGAACGCAGGGUCAUUUAUUGCAGCCAAUGGUCUCCGAUGUCCAGGAGACUGUAGACAUCACAGAUUGUCCUCCUUCUUCCGCAAAGAAGACCAAGAAGGAACGAGAAAAGGAGAAAGCUGAGAGGGAAAAGUCAAAGGUUGAUUCUCAUACGAAGUCACUACCUCUUAGCCAGACCCAAGUGUCAACCGAUGGUGUCGAGGGCUCGGAAAAGAUAGUGCUUCCAGAGCCCACUCCGCACAUAUGGAUGUCUCUGAAAGAGAACAAAGAACUGAGCGGAUUUGAGAUCAUCAAAAGCAUGAAACUACCCUCCCAUGAGGAGAUUUUGGAUGAAUUGGGGAUAGGACCUAAAGGUCCACCCAUCCCACCACCCGUAAUAUUCUCCAUAGUCCAUUACCCUAAGAUGAGACCACCCAACACACAGCUCUCCAGCAACUACUUUACAUUUUUGAAGCCCAUAUCUUUUGGGGACCUGUCAGAGAAAGAAGCAGACAUCAGAUCAGAAACUGUCAAGGAGGGCAUGACAAUUACUACCACAUCCAACCCUGGCCAGUCUGAGGAGUCCAACCCAGAAUACAACCAAGGACUCACUGAUUUCCGUUGGAUUGUACCACCAAAUGAAGCUAUUACCCUAAGGAUCAAGUUUAACUCUUCGGUUCAUGGGCAUUUUCAUCAGACAUUCAGCUUCGAGGUCUUAGGGACCAAACGAUGUUAUCAGCUACACUGUAAAGGAAUUUGUACUUACCCAUCGAUAAACCGAGACCCUAAGAUUCUGUUUGCCCACUGCAAAAAGACUCUGCAUCCUGAGAGUGGACUCCAGAAGACUUACGUUAUCCAGUCAGACCUAUAUGAGUUUGGACCUCUGCUGUGUGGAAAGACCAGAGACAGAUAUAAAGAAGGAAAAUAUCCAGAGAACAUGGAAAAGUUUGUAAUUCACAACAAUUCUCAAAUGGAGGCGGAGAUUCAGUUUUGCUUUCAACAUGACAGCAAGGCCACCACUUUCCUUCUUGACCCUCCAAAUAUGACCCUGGAGACUAAUGAGCGAAAGGUUUUGAAUGUGUGGGCUUAUCCAAAUAACCCCAAACAUAUAGAGGACAGUGUGGUUUGCUGCAUCAAGGGGAACCCAGAGGCUGUUGUCUUCCGCCUGUCCUGUACAGGAGUAAGGCCUGAAUUGGAGAUGGACCGCAAGCUCCUCCAUUUUGACAAAACUCCUCCAUUCAGAAAAGAAACCCAGAGCUUGCGUUUGUCCAAUAACACCCUUAUGCCAGCUGCUUGGAGACUGAGGGGACUGGAGUUGCUUGGAGAUGAAUUCAGCGUGUCACAGAACCAGGGCAUCAUCAUGCCUCAUUCUGACUUCCUCCUACACAUGCAUUUUAUAGCCAAGAGCCCAAUCAAACUGAAGAGAUCCAUUUGUUUAGAGGUGUCAGAUGUGGAGAACAUUCUUGGCAUCGUUCAACAUUCAGAGAACAUUCAGAUUAUUGCAGAGGCCUAUGAUAUUGCGGUGGACAUAAUCAUUCCAGAAGAUUCGGAUGGGUCAUUAGACUUUGGAACAUUCAGAGUAUCAGAAGAAUUAAAGCGGUCUAUUAAGCUGGAGAACAAAGGCAAAUAUGACAUAGCAUUUAAGUUUACAUUAGAUGCAACAGAGCCAGGAAUGCCGGAUCUGAACUCCAUAUUCUCCAUCACUCCUCGGAAGGGCUCUCUACGCCCCAACAAUAAGCCCACCACUGUCCAGAUAGUUUAUCAAAACGACAAGGAAAUGUCCAUCAGAGAUAACCCAAUCCUUUGCUGUCAGGUUAUUGAGCCCAAUUUGGAGGGAGGCGAGACCAUUAGUACUAUUCCAAUCAAAGUGUCAGUCCAGGCAGUUUUCUCUAAGUACAUUAUCAGUCCCUCUAAUAAUAUCAACUUUGGCCCAAUGGUCUAUGGCUCGCGUAAAAGACAGACUCUCACCGUGGAGAAUAAAGGCAACUUCGAGAUGCGGUUUACCAUUCGGCUGUGUAAAAACACCGCAGUUCCUGCACAAAGGAGAGGUGUGGUGAGUAAGAAGCCAUCAAAAGACAGUUACGGUGCAAAGCCAUCCAGUGCCAGUGAAUUACGACUCAAUAUGCAGACUGAGGCUGGAAUGUCAACACAGGUUAAUUUGACAUGUGGUGUUUUCACAUUGUUUCCAUGCUUUGGGAAUCUGGCACCUGGAGCCCAACAAGUAGUUAAUGUGGAUUGCAAAGCAGAUUCUGUAGGUAUUUGGGAGGAAUGUUUAGCUAUAGACAUCACUGACAGAGACCCCUCUGACAACCCAGAUGGGAUUCCAUACAAGCUUGUAGCAGAAGUUUGUGUGCCAGGAAUAGCAAGCACAGACAUUGCUUCUAUCUUUGAGGAGCACCGUAUCUGUAAGAACAGUAGCAUGCUGCAGUGUGAGCAGUACCGGGACAGUAUGGGCAUUUAUGUACAGGACGAGAACAAGUUUGUCUUUAACAAUGUAUUGGUGGGUCAGUCAGCCAAAGCUCGAUUCCGACUGAUCAAUCCAGGGAAAGUAUCCUGUGAACUCACCCUGGCAAUCAAAACAGUCAAGACACAGAACGUCGAGGUUUUUGAGUUGACUCCUACAAAGAUGUGUAUCCCCAGCCACUCUCAUGCUUUUGCUACAGUCACGUUUUCUCCUUUGAGUAUGCAGAUGUAUCACAUGGUUUUUGAGGCAGUUCUGAAAUCGAAUACAAGUCAAGUUUCUGCCCACAGACCCAAAGCUCUGGUGUUUGAUCUAAUGGGUGAAGGCAACUUGCCCUGCAUCACUGUUUUGAAACCUGUUCAGAGGACUAAUCAAGGACAUCCAGUGCUACAGUUUAAGCGCUUAUUGGUGGGACGAGGGCAAACUCUUCCGUUAGUGAUCAAGAACAACAGUAAUGUGCCUGCACAAGUUAGCAUUAUUCUACAAUAUCUCCCAGACGUUUUUACUCUAAAUGCUGCUCCUGGAACUGUAUGCAGACUAGCCUCCUCACACAUGGAAAGUGAUCCUGGAAAAGAUGCACAGCUUGCUUAUGUAGCCUCUAUGACGCUUCUGGCUGGCCAGCAAGCGGAAUUCUUGGUUGGGUUUCAUCCGAAGGUGGCUCAAAGUUUUGAAGCCAGCAUGAAGCUAAUGGUUAAGGAUAACCAGUAUGAUCAGACUGUGGUGCAGAUUGUAGGUGAGGGUUACCAUGACAUCAUCAUUCUGGAGAAUGUUGGCAACAGAGUUCAGCAGGAAAGCACUGAAAGUCUGUCUGAGCAUCUGGAUUUUGGAGAUUGUCACGUGGGCCGCACUUAUCAAGAAACUUUCACCAUGACAAACCCAAGCAGCUCCAAGGUGCUGCGCUUUGAAUGGCUUCCCAAUAGCCCACAGCUGAGCUUUUCUCCUCAAGUUGGCCAUUUGCAUGCCGAGUGCUCCAAAGUUGUGACAGUGACCUUCUGCUCAGAGGAGCCCCUUAUGCUGAACACACAAACAAUAAAAUGUACACUCAGCAGUAUUACCUUUCAGCAGCCUGUAGACCAGGUCCCCGACUGGGAUGAUAGUCACAGAACUGUUAAAUGGGUGGACGUAGAUAAGUCUUCACAGCAGCCAACUAAGCGGAAGAAAGCAGUGACAGACCCUGAACCUCCUCACUCUGCGGUAGAAAACUCCACAAGAGAGAUUGAGCUGAUAGUUAGUGCCACAUGCGAUUAUGUCCAGUUCCAGUGUUAUAAUAGACCCAUCCGCUUCAAAGACACAAUGCUGUACCAGACCAGAGUUUUUCAGCUCCAGAUGGAGAACAAAGGCACUGUUAAACUGGAGUAUUCCUGGCAGAUUCUAAUGGAGACAUAUGGAAAGAUGGCUUGCUUUGAACAUGGAGGUAGGGGGUCCCGCUCGGCUCAAGGCAGUAGGACACCAGAGAGACCAGCAAGCUCUCUGCAGAGUGUGUCCUCUUUGCUGAUUGGAGACCCAGAACUUCCUCCCUUCAGUGUCGAGCCUGCUGUAGGGUGUAUCAACCCAGGAAAGAGUCAAACUUUCCAGAUUCGGUUCUCCCCUCUGGAGGUGGCAGAGUUUGAGGCCAAUUUGAUCUGCCGCAUCCCUAAUCUAAAGGACAACCAGAGUCCAGUAUUUACUGUAAAUGGGCGCUGUUUGCUGCCAUACUGUCAUUUCCACCUCAAGGAUUCAGAUUACCUCACUGGAAACAGGCGGAACCCUGAGCCCCAUAGUCCACUUGUGGUGGACCCCAAUACCAGGGUUAUAGAGUUCACCUCAGUGGGCAUUGGCACGUCUGUCUGCAGGGAAUUUGGAAUUAUUAAUCCUACAAACAAGCCAUACUCUUUCAUCUGGAGAUGUGAGGACUCAGGCAAAUCUCCUUUCAGUUGCCUUACACCAAGCAAAUCCAUUCAGCCGGGAAAAGAAGUGAAGGUCUCGUUUGAGUAUCAGGUUCUCAAUUUGGAUUUAGCAGAGUCCUUCUGGACCUUCUUUAUCCCUGAACACAGCUUGUCUUUGCCCUUCCUGCUGGUGGGCACUACUAAUGAACCUGUAGUCUACAUUGAUCGAGCCCACCUUAAUCUGGGAAGCUUGCUAUUAGGUUGUGAAGCUCAUCAGACAGUUUUUGUGGUGAAUAGAGAAGACCAACCAUUCCAUUUCAUGGUUCAAGAGUCUUCAUGCCAUUCUGAGGGCUACCAGGACAGACUGGUGCUAGAUCCUAUGGAGGGAACCAUUCCACCCAAAGAUAGGAUCCCGUUGGUCAUAUGGAUCACUCCUACUCGGGAGGGAGAUAUGGCAUUUAAUCUAGUAGUCACAGUGCAGAGGAAGCUCCAGCCGCUGACCAUGAAUGUGAAAGCAGAGUGUUACAGCAUGAAUGCCCACGUGCGAUACGAGAGCCCUGAAAGAUCCAUCACAGAGCUCUCAUCAAACCAAGUCCAUCCGGUGGACUUCAAACGGGUGGAGCUAAACAAUAAAUCCACAUGCACGUUUGUGGUUUCUAAUCCUGGGAAGUUCAGUUUGGAUGUUGAGUAUGAUCUAUCUGGACCGGCAGCACUCCAGCUCCAUCUGCAGGUUGAACCCAAAUCAGACACAGUGGCUGUUGGUGGACAGAGCUCUCUCACCGUGACCUUCUGUCCACAGCGGAAAUGUGUACUCAAAGAUCUGACAUUGUCCAUUAAGAUAAAGAAUGGUCCGAAAUUCUGUUGUGCCUUGAUGGGUUCAGCUGUAGCUCCAGAUCUGGAAUUUUCUUUCCUCAAGCAUAAUUUUGGAAUGCAAUUCACAUAUUGUUCUGGUAUGAGCCCUGCUACACACACACUGGUGAUCAGCAACAGAAGCAGUGGAGGAAUCAGUCUAGACUGCUUGUUCUCAAACACAACCGUCCUGGAAGUGAACUUUACCCCUCUGGUACUUCCUCCUGGUGGCUCUGUGGAGGUUCUUAUGUCAUUCUACCCACGUAAAGCAGUUCGUUACCAUGAGAAGGUGGUUUUUGAGAUGAAUAAGUGUGCAAAACGAGUUGUGGAGAUCCUGGGACAGGGUGCUGAGAUGAAGAUUGAUUUAGAGGACUCGGCACACAGAGUGGUCAAUUUUGGAGCUCUGCAGAUUGGCCAGCAAAGUCGGAAAUUGGUUUCCCUUGUGAAUAACAGCCACUGUUCCUUGACCUUUUGUCUUCACAGACAUUCUGAUAACUCUCUGCAGUACUCCAAGAUCUUGUCAGUGCGUCCAGAUGGCCAGGUAACACUUAAAGAGGGAGGUGGCCGCUGUGUGGUAGAGCUUCUCUUCUCUCCUCAGCAGCGCAUGCCUCCCUUCACAGAGGAGCUGCAGUUGGAGUGUUUAGGUGCUGUUCGCCCCCUGCUGGUCAUGAAGGGCUGCUGCCAGGCAGUGGAGGUCAGGCUGGACAUUGACUACCUACAGUUUGGGGCUGUGGUCCAGCGAUGCCAAGCCACUCGUCGUAUUAUCAUGCACAACUCAGGAGACAUUGGUGCAAGAUUCAAGUGGGAUGUAAAGAGUUUUGCUCCAGAUUUCACCAUUUCACCAGCUGAAGGCUACAUCACCCCAGGGAUGGAAGUUUCGCUUGAAGUGACCUUUGCCCCUACAGAGCUGAGACAAGACCUCCAUUAUGACAAUCUCUGCUGUACAGUAGAAGGGGGAAAAUCUUUAAAACUCACUCUCACUGGCUCCUGCAUUGUCCCACCAGUCGCAACAGAGGUGGUGAAUUUCGUAUGUCAGGUGCGCAGUCAGUGCACACAGUCUCUGGCUUUGCCCAUCCGCAUUAACCAGCAGUGGACUCUGAAAUGUGUCAUAGAGGGAGAGCAUUGGAGCGGGCCACCCACUCUCCUCACUGAGCCUACUCAACAGAACACCUAUGAGAUCACAUACAAGCCGCUGGUCAUGACUGCAGAUGGGGAGAAGCAUGAGGGCUCUGCAUUUUUCUCAUUUCCUGAUGGCAGUGGAAUAAUGUACAUUUUGCAAGGCACAGCUGAGCCGCCGAAGGCUGAAGGCACAAUAACCGAAGAGAUCAAAUGCAAAACUCAACACACACAGUCAGUACCUGUUCACAACUGGCUGUCCAGACCUCAGAGGUUUCGUGCUGUGAGGGAGCUCAUCAAACCAGAUCGUUCAGAUGACACUGUUUCUCUGGAGGGCCUGGAAUACGUUGAUGUGCCAGCACUGGAUACCAAGAGUUACAAACUCUCCUUCUUCACUUAUAAAGAGGGGUUGUACAGUGCUAAAGUGACAUUUAAGAACGAGACUACAGGCGAAUAUCUGUUCUACAAUCUUAAUUUUAAAGCAAUGGCUCCAGGAGUGAUCAGGACUAUAGAAAUGGCAACUCGAGUGCGACAGGUAACGUCAGGGUCUGUAGAGGUGGAGAACCCUCUUCCUGUGGACGUGUCCUUCACUGCAGAAUGCCAGAGCUCAGAUAUCAAUGUUCCUCCACAGUUCCUUGUGCCCGCUCACUCUGAGGUUUCAUUGGCAUUUGAAUAUCAACCUCUGUAUGAAGGAGAGUCCACAGCCCGGCUGGUUUUAUAUGCUGCUGAACUGGGACAUUUCAUCUAUGAUCUUAAGAUCAAGGCCCUGUCUGCACCCAAUGAGAAGCCUUUAUAUUUUACAGCAGCACUUGGCAGCAAACACAGUGGCAUAGCGAAGUUCACUAACUUUUCUCGCGUCAAGACUGAAUAUAUCUGCAAGACGGACAGCCCAAACUUCACAGUGGAAAAGAGCAUUAAAGCAGCAGCGGGGAAUCAAACUGGCACAGAAAUCAGCGUUGGGGUCCAUUUCGAGCCCUGCCAGGUUGGAGACAUCCAAAGUCGGCUCACAAUCUCCUCAGACUCUGGAGGGGAGUUCGUCUUCCCCCUGUAUGGCACCUGCACCCCUCCUAAAGCUCAGGGUCCCUUCGCUAUCAGCUUAGGCUCCAGUGUGUCCAUUUCCUUCAAGAACGUCUUUCAGCAGACCACCACCUUCUCCUUCCAGGUAGACAAUCCCGCCUUCAUCGUUAAGGGAGCAGAGACAAUUUCGGCUCAAAAAACUCAGCACAUACAGGUUAUAUUUGACGGCCCUCCUACGGGCUCCAAAGGCCCCUGUUGUGGAAAGCUGACAAUUUCAUGCCCACGCAUGGAGGGCCAUGGACAGGGCAUCUUCUGGGUUUACUAUCUGAAAGGUGUUUGUCCUGAGCCCACUUCAGAAAAAAGAACAUCAUGAAGAAAUAAUUGAGCUGUUCUUUGGAUAAAAUUCAUUUAUGGUAGUGGUUGAA